GGGGAGCUGCUCAGCCCAUGCCGGUGCGACGGGUCCGUCCGCUGCACGCACCAGCCCUGUUUGAUUCGCUGGAUCAGCGAGAGGGGCUCUUGGAGCUGUGAGCUGUGUUACUUCAAAUACCAGGUGUUAGCCAUCAGCACAAAGAACCCCCUGCAGUGGCAGGCGAUUUCCCUGACCGUCAUCGAGAAGGUGCAGAUCGCAGCCAUCAUCCUGGGCUCCCUCUUCCUCAUCGCCAGCAUCUCCUGGCUCAUCUGGUCGUCCCUCAGCCCCUCGGCCAAGUGGCAGCGGCAGGACCUGCUCUUCCAGAUCUGCUACGGCAUGUACGGCUUUAUGGACAUUGUCUGCAUAGGUCUGAUCAUUCACGAGGGCUCCUCGGUGUAUCGAAUCUUCAAGCGGUGGCAGGCAGUGAACCAGCAGUGGAAGGUGCUGAAUUACGACAAGGCCAAGGACCUGGGGGAGCCCGUUGGCAGCGGGGCGGCCAAGGCCGGGGGCAGGAAUUCACGGACGAACCCCUCCUCCGGGAGCGAAAGGAACCCCCGGCGGGGUCAGCGGGUUAGAACGAUUUUGAACCAUCACUGUGGCUACACCAUCUUGCACAUCCUCAGUCACCUGCGGCCGAACGAGCCUCGCGGGGGCGCCAGCUCUGGCCGGGAGGUGGUCAUGAGAGUGACAACUGUAUAACACCCCCUGGCCGGCGGACGGGGGGGCUGGCGCGAGGAACGCCCCGGAGAGCCGCUCCUGCAGGGGGGGCUGCAUCCCAGGGAAGGGCGCAUGCCAGCAGUCUCCGCCCCACUGUUUCCACCUCAUCUUCCUACUCUGGGGGCCGCCCUCCCCGCGUCUCGGCCCGCACCCGGCUAACCUCCCAUCAAUGUGAAAAUUCCUGCGGGGGAAGGGACCGGGCUGGCCCCUUCCUGCUGGCAUCCCUUGCAACCCCUCCCUGAUUUGGGGGAUGGGAGAAGAUUAUCGACCCCCCAGCGACGACUGAUCCAGGGGGCGGAGAACGAACGUGCUUACCUCAUCAUCGGUCAAACAAAAAUCCGAUCAACCCUUUCCAGCCCCAACUCCCCGCCCACCCUGCCGUGAGUCUCCGCCCCGGAGACGCCAGCUGGAAAGGCUCUGAACUCCUCGUCCCCCCCCCCAAAAGGUGCAAUAAACACAUUUCUAAAGCAAAAUGGGAUCCGGCAAUAAGAUACCUGUACGUUUCAUCUUUAAUUGAAUGCAUGAGAAUCUGUCUCCCCUUUCCCUUCUCUCCUAUCGUGGGAGGAUAAAGAAUCAUUUAUAUGCAAA